AUGGACUGCAAAGACAUGAGGGUCAACAAGAGACAGAAAUCAGCUCUUGGGUGUCUUACCUGCAAAAAACGCAAAGUCAAAUGCGACGAGCAGAAGCCGCAAUGUCAAAGAUGUCUUUCGACUGGACGGACUUGCGAUGGUUAUCCUGUACCAUCCCCAACAAGAGACCGUCGUCCUGGGCUGCUGCUCGCUGUUCCAGUAACCCAGCAUUUGAGGACAGCAGAGGACUAUCGUGCUUUUCAGAAUUUCAUGAGUCUCGUGCCCAGCCUUGCAAAUUUUGCGAGCACUGAAUUAUGGAAUACUUAUAUAUUGCAAUUGAGCCAAGCUGAUGCUGCUAUUCAGCACAUUGUUCUCUCCGUUGGCCACCUUGUCGGUACAACCUCUGGGGAGAUCGCGCUGAAAGAACAACAGGAGAAAUUGAUAUGUUACCACUAUAGCAAGGCACUACAUGCGCUGACCAACGAUCCGAAUCCCGACGUGUAUAUCGUGCUACUAUCAUGUCUACUUUUCUGUCUGUUUGAAGAACUCCAGGGAAACUGCUAUCCAGCUAUACAGCAUAUUGUGGCCGGCAGAGAUAUCAUCUUUAAACAUAUUCGCUCAUACAGGUCAUCGGCGUCACGCAGCGAUAACUUGGUCUCAAUCAAGGCUUCGUCGACCUGGAACCCACUACUUGCGCAGCUUUUGCAGGUAUACUCGCGGCUGGAAAUGCAUGUAGCCGUGUUAGAGGCACGAGCUCUUAAUCCAAUUGCCCGCCUACCUCUAUCAGGGUUUUCGGAAAGAGAGAUAGAAUGCUACAGCAAGGUUCCAAACCGUUUGUGUUGGGACACUCAUCCCCCGUUAUCUAAUAACGUCAAUGAUAAUGAUGUUACAUUCCCUGAAUUCGCAAAUAUGGUUGAUGCCAGCCGCUACUUGGCUGGAUUGGCAGCUAUUUGCGUUGCAAACCUACCAGCAAACCCAUCGAAUGAGACUCGACCAAGAUGGCGCAGUACCUUUCUUAGGCCCUCCCGUCAAGCUCUAUUACUGGACCACUGGCUCGAAGCAUUCAACGCAAUGAUGUCAACCUACACAGCUAGUAAGAUUACUAUUCAUGACCGAGUCCACUGUCACAUCCUCCGACUCUAUCAAUCUUGUCUUGCGUUCAUGAACAAAGCCAAUGAGACGGGUCAAGAAAGGAUUUUUGAUGAGAACAAAGUGAUCUUCGACCUGAACAUGUUCAGAAUGACGAUCCUGAAAUCUGUGGCGCAGGAGGAGCUCAUAUCGCCAUUGUUCUUUGUGGCUACCCGUUGCCGUAUUGGUUACGUUCGGUGUACAGCAGUGGAAUACCUCCGUCGGUGUGGUCUAGAGGGCGAAUUUCUGGCCGAUGUUGCAGAGCGGAUUAUACAGGUAGAAGAGUCCAAUCAUUCAGAGGAGGAUGAGACGACAUCCUUCGGCUUUCCUGCCGAAACGUCACGUCUUAGACUUCAUGGCUUGCAACCUGCGAUAGGCCAGGAUCAGCAAGAGAUGUUCCGCCUCAUGGUGUCCAGUUUUCCAUACCACCCCCACGCACCAAUAUGGCCGUUGACGGUUCAUCUUCCUCUCGUGCAGGAAAGGGGAUUCAUGGUCAAGGCUGGCGCUUGUCUUGAACGAGCACUUCGUUUCGAGAUGUACCCAUCCGUUUCCUGA